AUGGCGGCGUCUGCGGCGAAGAGGCGGAAGCUGGAACAUGUCAGCUCUGAUGACGAAGAUGAGGCGUCUUUUGCGUCUUUCGGAAGCGAGGAGGAAGAACAGGAUGCAGCCGAGAAUGGCAUCGUCGGCUAUGGAGUAGAUGGGGAGGCAUCCGAGCGAGAGGGAAGCGACGGCUCUAUGGAUGGCGACGACCAGGAUGGUGAAGACGAGAAUGAGCAUGAGGAAGAAACGAGGCCUAGCGCAGGACGUACUGCGGCCAGAGAUCUGAAGAACACCACUGGGACAUCGAAUGGAAUCGCAUCUGGCAGUCGACCAACGAGCAGCGGCGCAUAUGCGACAGGAACGUUCAAGAGCUCGCUGUUCAAGCUGCAAGUGGACGAGCUGCUGGAACAGAUGCGACCUCGACAUGGCAAAAGGGAGAACGAAGCAGAAGCGGCAUUGCACAAGAUCAAGCAGACAAUCGACAAGCUGCCCGACAAGGACCCGCUUUCUGUCACUGGGGCAGAGAAGGAUUUGCGCAAGACACACGGCGUUGCCAUACCGUUUCCGUCUCCGCGGCCACCAAAGGAUGCAAAGUACAAACUGGCAUAUGCCAAACCUGCGGGUGUCAAUGUGGCCGGAAGUCAUCCUUUGAAGCUUGCUAGUCGCGGCAAGUCUCUGGAGAUCGACAUGGUAGUCAGUAUGCCUUCGACUCUCUUCCAGGACAAGGACUACCUCAACCACCGGUACUUCUACAAGAGAGCGUACUACCUUGCCUGUCUUGCUAGUGGGUUGAAGUCAGUGCAUCAAGAAGACAUUCACGUCCGCUACGAAAACUUUGGCGCCGAUCCUUUGAAGCCUGUCCUGGUGGCUGAGUCUAAACGUGGACGCAACGAAGCUACGGCCAAAGCGAGGUGGCGGGUCAAUAUCAUACCUUGUAUCACUGAAGACACAUUUAGUUUAGAGAAGCUACUUCCCAGCAAGAACUGCGUCCGAGACCAGACCGCAGCCACCAAUGGCGCAGCGUCCAAGGAGUUACCUACCCCGCCAACGCCAUUCUACAACUCAUCUCUCCGGGCGGAGAUGCUGGCGAUGCCAUACCUCAAGCUGCUGAACACCGCUUCGAAAACGUGCGAUGCCUUCCGCGACACCUGCCUACUCGGAGGGACAUGGCUUCGCCAGCGGGGUAUUGCCUCCGAUCUCCACGCAGGGGGCUUUGGCUCUUUCGAGUGGAGCACACUGGUAGCCUUGUUGCUACAGGGCGGCGGGCCUGGUGGCAGAUCUCUCCUCAGCGACAGAUAUAGCUCUUACCAGCUUUUGAAGGCGACAUUGCAAGUUUUGGCUGUGCGGGAUCUGAGCAAGCAACCUCUGAUCGCGGGACCAGAAGGCACUCUUCCUGGCCAUCCUGACAGCGAUCUGCCGGUGGUUUGGGAUGCAGUGCGCUCUCACAACAUGCUCUACAAGAUGUCGCCUUGGUCGUACAAGAAGCUGCGAGAGGAGGCCAGAACGACUCUGAAGAUGCUCAAUGACCCGAACUAUGAUGGCUUUGAGGCGGCGUUCGUUCAACGAGUGGACAAUGCUCUGUAUCAGUACGAUCAUGUUGCAGAGCUGGCCGACUCCACCACACUCGAAUUAUCGUCAAAGCAUGCAGAUGACGCUCAACAAUCAUGCAGGCGGCUCUACAGUGUCCUGUUGCAAGGGCUGGGCGACAGAAUCCGGCGCAUCGACAUCAUACCUCACUCGGCCGAGUCGUGGGCUCUUGAUAAUUCUACUCCAGGCUCAACCACCUCACGGAAGCUGAGAAUCGGCUUUGCCAUCAAUCCGGACACAGUCAACCGUACUGUCGACCAUGGCCCCUCUGCUGAACACAAGGGACAAGCGGCCGCAUUCCGCAAGUUCUGGGGAGAUAAGGCUGAGCUUCGACGGUUCAAGGAUGGCACCAUCUCCGAGACUGUCGUCUGGAACGCUGGGGAGUCUGUGCUUGAGCAGAUUGUUCGCUAUCUGUUGCGAUGGCAUUUCGGAGGGCCAGCCGCUGAUGGUCUGACUUUCGCUGGUGAUGGGCUCAAGAAGAAACUGCCGCAUGGCAGCACCGCUGCUUCAUUCUCUCCCAUCCAGGAUGCUUUCAAGCAGUUCGAGGCUGACGUCCGAGGUUUGGACGGCUUACCUUUGACCAUCCGCCAGCUGAGCCCGGCCGAUGCACAGUUACGAUCUGCUGCCAACGACGUACCGAUGAGAACACGACGGCCGAAACCCGCAAACGUCGUUCUCCAGUUCGAAGGCUCGGCUCGAUGGCCUGACGAUCUGAUUGCAAUACAACGAACGAAGGUCGCUUUCCUGCUCAAACUCAGUGAUUUGAUUUCGGGGUCUCUUACCAGCGCCACGCCUCGCAUUGGUUUGGAGAACGAGGGCAAUGAUAUGCUCAACCAGGCAUUUCUGGACGUCAUCUACGAUUCUGGUGCAGCCUUCCGCAUUCGCAUUCACCACGAUAGAGAGCAGACGCUUCUCGAAAGGAUGCUCAAAGACAAGACGGUUGAGCCCAGCGCAAAGGACACUGCUGCGGUGGGACUGGCAAUGUAUAAGCGAGACUACAUCAAGGCUCCGGCGCACACCCAAGCCUUCGCGGGGCUGUGCAGUCGCUAUCCAGCAUUGAGUGGGACCAUAAGACUGCUCAAACAGUGGUUCGACUCUCACCUGCUCUUCAACCACAUCCCUGAAGAAAUUAUCGAGCUCAUCGCCGCAAGAACGUUCGUACAGCCAUGGCCUUGGCAGGCGCCUUCCAGCGUCCAGGCUGGUUUCUACCGUACCCUCAACUGGCUUACGAGGUGGGAUUGGCGAAAUGACCCACUUAUCGUCGACUUCAGCGAGGGUGGUGAUUUGAAGCAAGCUGAGAGACAAUCCAUUGCAACCAAGUUUGAGGCGUGGCGGAAGCUGGAUCCUGCGCUGAAUCGUGUCGUCCUAUUCGCUGCCUCGAACGUCGAUGCCGAAGGCACGACAUGGACAGAUGGGAGGCCUUCCAAAGUUGUCGCCGGUCGCAUGUCUGCAUUGGCGAAGGCGGCUCGUGCGGAGAUUGAAGAGAGACAGCUACAGUUGGAGCCAGCUUCUUUGUUCUUGUCUCCCCUGAGCGACUUUGAUUUUGUCUUACAUCUCGACCCUGAGCUUGCCGGCAAGAAGCGGAAGUCGUCUUCGAAACAGGCGGCAUUCAAGAACCUGGAGAUAGACCACGUGGACGACGAGGUGAUGGUCGGGUUCGACCCAAUGUCAGGCUUUACCAACGAGCUCGGGCGACUGUACGGCUCUGCAAUCCUGUUCUUCUCCGGCGGGAAUGAGCGAGCGGCUAUCGCAGGACUCUGGAACCCGCAGACCUCUUCUCGACCCUGGACUCUGCAUCUGUCUUACUCUACGACGCCGCUGAAGUCGGCGGACAAGGAGAAAGCCCAGGCGGAGGUCAAUCGGGAUGCGAUUUUGGCCGAGAUAGCGUGUCUGGGUGGAGACAUGGUAAGAAGGGUGGAGGUCAAUAGGCACUGA